GCCACUGCUCUCUUGUCAUGGCACAGGAGAAGUGAUCGAGAGGUCGCCUCGCAACAUAAAUGGCUCGUCUCGGUAUCCGUCAACGACAGAGGCCUCGGUGAAUAGAUUGAUUGGAUAUUCACGACGUCUGCCAACGAGAUACACGUAAAAUACAGCGCGGCCAGGACACAGUGAGCCUGCCCUAAGAGCAAAAGAGGAGGUUCCCGAAUAGAGUCCUUUAUUUAUUUCUUUGUUGCCAGUCGGGAAAAUAAUUACAGCGACACAUUCUACAGCACUUCAUUUUUUCCCCGUUGCCCGUAUACACUAGAAAACUGGAUAAGAUUACGGUGGUUGCUCGAAGGCCAAAGCCAAGCGGAGGAGGAUGAAGCGGCGCAAUGCGGACUGCAGCAAACUCCGACGGCCGGUAAAACGGAAUCGAAUCACCGAGGGCAUAUACGGCAGCACUUUCCUGUACCUGAAGUUCCUGGUGGUGUGGGCAUUGGUUCUACUAGCUGACUUUGUUUUGGAGUUCAGGUUUGAGUACCUCUGGCCGUUCUGGCUCUUCCUCCGGAGUGUGUACGACUCUUUUCGAUACCAGGGGCUGGCGUUCUCGGUAUUCUUUGUGUUUGUGGCGCUUACUUCGGACUUCAUUUGCCUCCUCUUCAUCCCGGUGCAAUGGCUGUUCUUUGCUGCCAGUACUUAUGUGUGGGUGCAGUAUGUCUGGCACACAGAAAGAGGAGUCUGUCUCCCCACCGUGUCACUAUGGAUACUCUUCGUCUACAUAGAGGCAGCCAUCAGAUUCAAAGACCUGAAGAACUUCCAUGUAGACUUGUGUCGCCCAUUUGCUGCACACUGCAUUGGCUAUCCAGUGGUGACGCUGGGCUUUGGCUUUAAGAGCUAUGUAAGCUAUAAGAUGCGCCUGCGGAAGCAGAAAGAGGUGCAGAAGGAGAAUGAGUUUUACAUGCAGCUCCUUCAGCAGGCUCUGCCUCCAGAGCAACAGAUGCUCCAAAGGCAAGAACGAGAAGCAGAAGAAGCCGCAUCGAAAGGAAUAGCUGAAGUGGACACGCCUCCAGUGACACAGAAUGGCACCCCUGCCAAUAAAAAGACCUCAGCGUCUUUGCCAGAGUUGGAGUAUCGAGAAAAGGGAAAAGAGGGAAAAGGUGGCGGGGAGGCUAAAAAGCAGCAGCAGCACAGCAGCAGCAGCAGCAACAACAUCCUGCCAUCAUCAGUGGACUCUAAACUCCAAGAGAUGGAGUAUAUGGAGAACCAUGUGAACAGCAAAAGACUGACCACUGAACUGGGCAGCACAGAAAACUUGCUGCUCAAAGAGGACAAUAAUUCCUCCUGCUCAUCCUCUUCCUCCUCCUGCUCCAAAAACUACAAAAACAGCAACGCCACGACGCUCAACUCAUCUCCCCGUGGCCACAGCGCUACCAACGGCAGCGUGCCCUCCUCGACGCCGUCCUCGUCUUCCGCUGGGAAGAACGAGAAGAAGCACAAGGUAUCAGUGGGGAAGGGGACCUCGAGUGGCUCCAGCAGGGAUCCAACAGACAACUGUAUUCCCAACAAUCAGUUGAGCAAGCCGGAAGCACUUGUUAGAUUGGAGCAGGACGUUAAGAAGUUGAAGGCAGACCUGCAGGCAAGCCGGCAGAUGGAACAAGACCUGCGCAGCCAGAUUGGCUCACUUGGCAGUGCUGAGCGCUCAGUACGUACCGAGUUGGGUCAACUCCGUCAAGAGAACGAGCUGCUGCAGAACAAGCUCCAUAAUGCUGUCCAGGCAAAGCAAAAGGACAAGCAGGCUGUAGGUCAACUGGAGAAGAAGCUCAAAGCUGAACAGGAAGCUCGCACCACAGCUGAGAAACAACUCGCAGAUGAAAAGAAGCGCAAAAAGCUCGAAGAGGCUACGGCAGCCAGGGCAGUAGCUCUCGCUGCUGCUUCCAGAGGAGAAUGCACAGACACACUGCGACGGCGGAUCACAGAAUUAGAAUCGGAGUGCAAAAAACUAACCCUGGACAACAAGCUUAAGGAAGACCAAAUCCGAGAGCUUGACUUGAAGGUCCAGGAGCUUCAUAAAUACAAGGAGAAUGAAAAAGACACAGAAGUGCUGAUGUCGGCACUGUCGGCCAUGCAGGACAAGACCCAACACUUGGAGAACAGCCUUAGUGCGGAGACCAGGAUCAAACUGGACCUCUUCUCUGCAUUGGGAGAUGCCAAGAGACAGCAAGAAAUCGUGCAAGGUCAGAUUCUCCAGAAAGAUCAAGAAAUAAAAGAUUUGAAGCAAAAGAUAGCCGAAGUGAUGGCCGUCAUGCCCAGCAUCUCAUACACGACCGACACCAGCAGCAUGACCCCUGUGGCCCCCCACUACUCCUCCAAGUUUAUGGACACUAGCCCCUCUGGCUUGGACCCCAAUGCCUCAGUUUACCAGCCACUCAAAAAGUGACCGACCGCUUUGUUCUAUCUCGCCCUCCAGUUUUCCUUUUUUUUUUUUUGGUUUUGUUUUGUUUCCCCCGGGCCAGCAUCUUUUCAAUCUGCUCGGCAUGUCUGCAGCUGAGAGUGUUUUUCUUGGGUUCCCCCCCCUCGCCAGGUCAGAAGGAUGUUAUAUUGCGUGUAGGUAAAACAAAAGACAACAAAAAAUUUAAAGCAGACGCCACAACAACUAGGAAGUCCCUUUUUUUUUUCUUCCCAUCAGUGUUUAGUGAAACCUAACAGAUGUAUCUCGGGUACAUCUCAAGGAUGUUGCUCUCCGUUCUCUAGUACAACUCUUGGCCAUGACUAAACUGCAAUUUGGCCCUAGGGAAUUAUUUACGAUUUGGGAGUAAGGCUACAACUAACGAUUAUUUUAAUAAUCGAUUAUUCCCUUGAUUAUUUUGUUGAUGAAAUGAAUUGGACGAAUAAUCAUUUUAACUUCUAUCCCUUUAUUAACCAUUAGGACAUAAUUUCAAAGUGACAGUGCAGAAGCUUAGGUUUCAGUUACCAUGUCGGAAUAUAGGCAAAAUUAUUCAUUCAUCUUCUCCUGAGUAAAAGUACAUGUCUUGUUUCAAUUAAUAAUUGCACCUCUGUUUCGGAGUAUGACACAGCGUUGCCCCAAAAUAUAUUCCCACAGAUUUCUUUUCAUCUCAAGGUUGCAAGAAAGAUCAGUGGAAUGUAGUGCAACGUUAGCACAGAUCCAUAUUUAUUAUUUUAAUCCACAAACAGUUAGCAGCGGAUCUAUGCUGCUAUGGGGGUUGGCGGCAAAUUGUUUUUAAGAUGUGCCAGUCUGUUUGUUUGCUCUUUUUUUUCCCAAGACUCAAGAUGGAAGUGUGGGAAUGCGCUAUGUAAACAGAAAGAGACGAAAAUAAAAUAGCAGCGCCUCCUCCUUUAAUUUAAAACCAAAUCUAAUUAAAAUGUUCAGAAAAGCACUUCAAAUCAAGGUUCCAGAAUAAAUUUGCAACAUUUCUUAUGAUACCGACGUUGAGUGAGGACCUACUGAGUUUCAAACGGAAUUACAAGAUUUAAGUACAUCAUUAGAUGUUAUGAACUGGCAAGAAUGAAAUAUCGAUCCCAGGCUGCGAACUGGCACAAAUGUUGUCUUCUUGAUUAAUUUGAUUAAUUUUCUGGACCAAGUUGUGAACACUUGAAGGCAGACUGUUGUUGAUAUCAAUUGAAAAGGAAACCAAAAUCCCCACUCAGUGUUUUGGCACGUUGAUUUUGGCCUCGUCACAAAGCCGAUCUGCUAAUUAACGCCAUCAGUCCGCUUAUCAUUCUCAACUUCCAAUUUUUGCACUCUAGAAAACACAUUUGAAAGGGAAAAAUGACAAAUGGACCACGCAGUGACAGAGAGAUUUGAAAUGCCAAAUCUUAAUAUUGCACUUACGAGUCACUGUUUAAAUAAUCCUCCCUCUCCAGUUUACGUGCCAUGAAUGCAAUUUGAAUUUCUGUCAUCGUGCAUUCAAGAAUGUAUUGCAAAUACAUUGGCUGACACAUUUGUCAAAAAUCUUAUUGAUUAUUUGUUAUUGCAGGUAGCAGGAGUGGUGACUUGUUUGGAAUAGACGUGUAGUUGCCAGCAAAGGGACUCAGACAUCUGAUUUCUUCUCAUGAAUGUUAACAGUAUUUGCAACUGGCUUCCCAAGCCGUUUUCUUAACUCCACAUUCUGUUUUCACUGCAGCCAGCAAAUGGCCGUUGAGGUUUCGCCAUCAUCUGAAACCGUCUUUGUUGUGUAUGUGGUUUUCCCCUUUUCAGUAUAUGGAGGAGAUUUUGGGGUUGGGGGGGGGGGGCUUGAUUGCUGUCAUUGGCUCUUGAAAAAAAAAAAGUGUUGUGAAAAAAAAGUCUAGACAGUUGUUGGUCAACUGAUUGUCGAAAGUAUAGAAGUGUUUUGUUUUUUUGUUUUCUAUGCCCAGUCACUGCUCUCCCCCAUCCAGAGGUCUGACCUUGGCUGCGCUCUCGCUCUGUUUACAAGGAAUAAAUGUUUUUGUUUUUUUCUUGCA